AUGUUGGCUUUGACCGAAAUCAAGUCUCGUCGACGUCCUCCUUUAACCAGUACCUACAAAAAUAGGGGUCUUUUCUCAAAAAAUAAGGAGUCAAAUCCUACUUGUGAAUGCUCUUGUAAAUUGUGUCCAACGUUGGGAAUAUAG